GUUUACGUUUGUCUGAAAUUCACUGUAUUUCAUACCUCAAUCAGCUUAAUAUGUUGAUUUUCUGUGUGUUUCGAUGUGUGUGUAUAUGCGUAUCAACUUUACAACUGCUCAUUUGAUUAAUUAAGUGGCAUUUUGUUUCCCGUUAAUGUUCUUAAAUCAAGAUUCUGGUGCAUAUCACAAGUACAGAUCAAAUGCCAUCAAUUAAAAUGAAGACCAAGUCAACCACGGGCUGUUUAAGAGAAAGAAAGGGUCUCCAUGUAUGCCAAAAAUCGAGUAUGAUAUCCAAAAAUCAUUUCAGGAUUUCUCAGCAAGCAGCAGAAUUUGAGACUAGUGUUCAGAAUUGUCAGGAUGUACAUGCUUUGGACAUCGGAGGUGAUGAAGCAAUUGACCACCAUGAAUUGCUCGAUGAUGAAAAUCUUCAGGUGCCGGAGCAGUUAUCACCUUUAGUUGAUUCUGCAACUAUGGGGAGAAUGGGAUCCACAACAGCCAUCUGCCCAUCAAACUUGCAGACAAUUUUCUCUCCUAUUCUGGAGUCUAUUGAAGUUCCCAGUGAACGAAAUGUUUACAGUGACACAGGUGUCUCUCAUGCCACUAUAGGAAGCAACAGAGAUUUUGAUUUGCCAUGGCUAGGAGCUGAAGAUAGUGAUGAAAAUGGAAGAAAUUCAUGUGAAUAUCUAACUUGGAAUGUACCAGACCUCGACAUAUCUGACAUGAUUGUUGCUGGCUUACCCAAUGAAGGCAACUUGAUGUAUGAUGAUAUCACAGAGACUACUUUUCCUGAUUACAGAUGUGAUGAACCUAGUAUGUUACUUGAUUUGACUGAAGAAUACAUGAUAUUGCCUUCCCUUGAGGAUACUAUGGUAAUAAGAAAUAGCCAUGAUGGCAGAACAUGUGAAGAAGCCACCAUUGCUUCAGAUGAUUCAAGCUUAUAUCUAGCAAUUCAUCAGAUGAGAUCCUGCAACCAGGAAUCUGAUCAUAAUCCCUGCCCUGAUUCAGAUCAAGCAGAGUUCUUUGAUCCACACAUGUUUAUCAGAAAUCCACCAGAGCUACCAGAUGUGACAACAAUAGUUUGCCCCACCAAAUUACCAAAGGAAAAACUGAAAAGCAAACCUAUCACUCUAGUACUUGAUUUGGAUGAAACACUGGUACACUCUACGUUAGAACAUAGUGAGGAUGCAGACUUUACCUUUCCUGUUUUAUUCAACAUGAAUGAGCACACUGUUUAUGUGAAACAGAGGCCUUAUCUCCUGACAUUCCUGGAGAGAGUUGCAGAGAUGUUUGAAAUCGUGAUUUUCACAGCAAGUCAAAGCAUCUAUGCAGAGCAACUUCUGGAUAUACUGGAUCCAGAUGGAAAACUUAUUUCACGUCGAGCUUAUCGUGAAUCAUGCAUUUUCUCGGAUGGAAAUUACAUUAAGGACUUGACAGUUUUAGGUGUCAAUCUUGCGAAAGUUGCCAUAAUUGAUAACUCCCCACAGGUUUUCCAGUUGCAAAUAAAUAAUGGGAUUCCUAUCAAGAGUUGGUUUGAUGACCCAUCAGACUCUGCAUUAUGUUCAUUACUUCCUUUCCUAGAAACCUUAGUAGAUGCUGAUGAUGUCCGUCCUAUUAUUGCGAAGAGAUUCGGUAACAAGGAAUAAGUGCCCCCUUGUUCUCUCUUUAUUAGCUCAAUUUAACAGCUCCUUAUCCCUGUCAUCUCAUUUAAGCAAAAAUUGUCGUCCAAUUUGGAUGCUCAAUAUCCAUUCCUCUUUGAUCUCUUUGUAUCAUGAUAGGAUGGUUUUUGCAAUAAAAUUUUUAGUCACAUAGUCUUGUCAACUUUUGGUGUUCUUUCCUUUUGCGUUUCUUUCUCUUUCAGCAAUAUUGCCAAAUGUUCAAUCUAAUUUUUGGAAGAGGGUAGUUGCCAAGAAUGUCUCUAUUUUCUCUACAGUUGUGCUAAUAUAUGCACAAUAUUGUGCAUAUGAAUUAUUAUAUUGUGAAAUAAAUUUUUACUCUUUUUUCCACAAA